AUGAAGCACACAGACUGGCUACAUCACCCUGAGUCUGCUGGUCAGGUGGUGGCUGCUGCUGCUGAGGGAGCAGCAGCCGUGGCAGAAGCAGCAAAGCAGCAAGUAGUUGCUAGGCUGACUGCUGUAGCCGGGACUGUAGCGGGGACAGUAGCCGGGACUGUAGCGGGGACAGUAGCCGGGACUGUAGCAGGGACUAUAGCAGAAGCGGCAAAGCAGCAGGUUGUUGCAAGUCUUCUGGUGGGGCAGGAGGAGGGAGGGAAGGAGGAGGAGGAGGAGGAGGAGGAGGAGGAGGAGGAGGAGGAGGGGAAGGAAGGGGAGGGGGGGGGGGAAGGAGGAGGGGGAGGAGUGAAAGGUGGUGUUGCAAGGAAACCGGGGAGGAAGCACAGGCACAGCCAAAGCGUGGACUUUGCUUCUAUGACCAAGAAAAGGGACUGGCUUCACAGCCCUGAGUAUGACAGUCAGGUGCUGGCUGGUGUUUCAAAGGGUGAAACAGCAGCAGCAGCAGCAGCAGCAGCAGCAGCAGCAGCAGUGGCGGCAACAGCAGCAGUGGCAGAAACAGGGUCCGGAAAACGCAAUCCUGAUGUUUCAAGGGUGGAAGGAGGGAGCAGAGGAAAGGGAGGAGGAGGAGGAGAAGGAGGAAAAGGAGGAGGAGGAGGAGGGGCAGAGGAUUCACCUCCGUCUCUCUCAUCACGCACCCGUUCCAAUCCUCUCACACGCUCAUCCAGACCUCCUUCUCUUACUCUCCCUCGCCAAACCUCCUUUCUCACUGCUACCCCACCUCGAUCCCCCUCUUUCACCCUUCCACCUCACUCUCCCUCUCUCACUACCCCACCUAAGUCUCCUUCUUCCUCUCUUCCCCCUCGAUCUCCUACAUCAAAGCUCCCAUCUCGAUCCCCUCCCUUCACCUCCCCAUCUUGA